GGGACAUAAACAAAAACAACAAAGUCGAGAGAAAUCGAAUCACACAUGCCCGCUGCUCGCCCCGAUUCUAAAAUGUCCAAGCUCCUUCCCCUUACACAACCCACCCCACGACCGCGCCAGUAACUAACACGCAAGCAUCGUCGCAUCAAUACCUUAGACCUGGUUAGCAAAUUUGUUUAGUCUAGCAUCAGCAUUCCAACCACCUUACCUGCUUUUUUUCUUCUUCUAGCCUUAUUGGCUUCCGCAGCCCAAAAUCGAGUCCAGAUAGCAGUUCUAUCUAUACUCAGUUCCACGCAAAGUGACAAACAAACCCAAACAAGACAAUCACAUAACAACAUAAUGUCUGGCUCCAAUGCUUGGUUGCGCGCCCAGCGCAAAUCAGAACUGAUCGGAAUCGCAGAGCACAUCGGCCUCAAAAACUACGACGGCCUGAAGAAGGACCUCGAGCUCACCCUUGACGAGCACCUCGCUGCCAACUCAGACAGGUAUUCCAGCGAUCCCAAGCUGGCGCCGUACUUCCAGUCCCGCAACCGAACUAUCGGUUCGCCCAUCAAGAAGGACGUCCCCGAGUUCAAGAUACCCAAGAGGAGAAUGGGUAGCAAGACUGACAGCGAGAUCAUUGCUGCCACCGCUGUCGACGAUGAACCGUCCAUCGCGAGCACCACCUCAGCCCUAGUCCACACCCCGGCGCGCGCAUUCUCUAUCGCGCAGCGCAUCCCCCUCCCCGCGACCCCCGCCGAGGUCGCGGAAGCUGUGGACCGCAGCACAGCCGUCGUUCGCCAGCAUGUCAACUCGGUCCUGGCCGAGAGCUCCAUCCCUGAGUACACACAGGCGACGCGCCAGUCCCUGUCCACCGUCACGGCCGUCCUCCUGACGGCGCAUCUGUUCGAGCUGUACUUCCUGCGCCAGGAGCUCCUGGCCGACCGCUACGCCUUCACUAUCCCCGCCAUCAAGGCGCUCGGCACCAGGGACUACAUCAUCAACAUGCCCGACUUGUUCCUGCUGUUGACGUCAUCAUUUUGGAAGCCCGCGUCCAUUUGGAUGCUGACGAGCUUUAUAAUUCCGAGCUUCUUUGGCUACUUCUUCAACCUGAGUGCCGCCAACUCGCACUCGCCCGGCGUCGCCACGCGUGGUCGUCCCAGAGGUGUCACCCACGACGUCGAGUACCGCGUCGACCCGUUGACUUACAGUGUCGUCAAGGCCGUCAUCUCCUACGUUGUCUACGCCCAGGGCGCCGCACUUGGCGGCUAUGUCGACCCGAACAGCGUCGCCCGCAUCAAUUCGGCUCUCUACGGCGGCUGGAAGGGCGUCUUGGUCGGCUCGGGCAUCACUGGCCUGAUGGCCAUGUACGAUGCGGUUCUGCGCAAGUGAGCCUUUUCUUUUUGAGUUUCCUGCUCUCCUUGUUUCAAACUGGGCUGGAGGAUUGGCUUUCUUGUCUGUUCAAAGCUGCUGCUGCUGCUGCUGCUGCUUCUCCGCAGACUCUUGAUUGGAGAAUGUGAUGGAGCAUCUACAGCACGGGCAGAGAUGGGCCCCCUCUCGGGGUGCACUGCAAGUACAAAACAGUGCGGCGUUUGGGCGUUGAAAAGGAUGCAUGGUUUCCAAUUUUUAUUUUUCUCCUUCGUUUGGCUGCAGCAGGCCUUUCUUGGACUCUUGGCUCUUUCUUUCUCGUCUGAUACCUCCCACUUUAUCGAAUGUUUUUAACUUGUGCUUUUUUAUCUUGUUUCUUUUUUUCUUUUUUCUCCAUUGUUUUUUUUUAUGCGACACUUGGCUGCGGGUACCGCUGGUUUAGCCCGUCUCACUCGUUUUCUACGUCGAUUUUCAAACCGAGAGGCAUCAUUACCAGUGCACCGGGGUUCUUUGGAUGAGGUGGUUGGGACUAUGGUGGUUGGUGGGAAUGUUAUUUGGCUCGCGAUUUUCUGGUUCUAGUUCUUCCAUACUCACCUGUUUUACCUGUUCUUUUUCUUUUCAGUAUACUCUCGGAAUAGUCUCUUCGGGAGGACGGGUAAAUAAGUGGUCGGAGCCCACGGGCUGGUGAUGUUGGGAUAGCGCUGUUCUGUCUAAUGACCUGGUACUCGGCGAGGCGGUGCCGAAAUAUACUCGAUUCUGCCUUGAUUGCUAUAAUUUUCCAUUUUCUAGAUUUUACUUCUAGAUAGUCUAGAUGCUCAUUCAUCCUCUACGCCGUCUUACCACCAGCCCAAAGUCACAGUCGACCGACGAACCUCUCCUUCCC